UGCCAUAAACAUAGCUGGUUGUUGCUAGUGGCAGAGCGUGGUUGUAGCGAGAUAAAUGUGUAAGAACUGUGCGUGAAUUUAUUCUGUUUUGACACUUUAUUCAUAUAUUUUAGUUUUUCCGUGGUAUAGCAGAUGAAUUGAAGGAAACGGUGUGGUUGGAGCUAGCGGUAUUCGGCUAGCUGAGGAACUUAGCAAUGUGAGCUAACGGUCAGGGCAGUGUUCCUUUAGCCUUGUGCAUCAUAACAUGGACAUGGAAUAUAUUGUAAUAUAUUUUCAGUAUAUUCUAGAAUAUAAGAAGGACAUACUUAGUAUAUUACUAUUUUUGUAUGGCGAAAAGAAGAGCACUGUUUUUUAUACAUGAAAGGCUUUGCCAGCGUCUCCAUGGCCCAAUGAUGCGCCGUCACUGGCUGCUGGUCGGCGCGUGCGGAUGGAUGCUGCUUAUCCUCAUGUUCAUCAGCAAAUUCAUUAACUUCAGCUUCAGAAUGCCGGACGACUAUGGGGGAAGGCCUGUGCUGUUAAACUGGACCUCUCCAUCCAUAAAGACUGUCAAAAAUCUAAAUCCGCUUUCACAGAACGCAGCCUCACAGCCGUCUGCAGUGUCUUUAGGUGGCCCAACUCAGGUGGAGCUCUCAGACUGGGAGUCUGUGACGGCGCAACGCUUGCAACUUUUGUCCAGCGUUUGCAGGAACUCGUCUCUCUGGAACCUCACACACACUCCUCUGCGCAAGUUCGUCCUCGAUCGCAUCUUUGUGUGCGACAAACAUAGGAUUCUUUUCUGCCAGACGCCCAAAGUGGGCAACACGCAGUGGAAGAAGGUCCUUAUUGUCCUUAACGGAAAGUUCUCCAAGGUUGAAGACAUACCCGAGAAUAUGGUCCAUGACCACGAGAGAAACGGUUUACCUCGUCUGUCCUCUAUGAGUGACGCAGCGAUCACAGAAAGAUUAAAUACAUACUUUAAGUUCUUCAUUGUCCGAGACCCAUUCGAACGCCUCAUAUCGGCCUUCAAGGACAAGUUUGUAGAGAACCCACGCUUUGAGCCAUGGUACAAGCACAGCAUUGCCCCCGCCAUCAUCCGCAAGUACCGCAAAAGUCACCGCGACGCCUCCGGAAGCGCCGGUCUGCACUUCGAGGACUUUGUGCGCUACUUGGGCGACGAGCCGGGCCGAAAACAUCUCGACCGCCAAUUCGGAGAGCACGUCAUCCACUGGUUAACGUACACUGAACUCUGCGCUCCAUGUGACGUUUCCUAUGAUGUAAUCGGCCAUCACGAGACUCUUGAGCAAGAUGCGCCGUAUAUCCUCAAAGCUGCUGGAAUUGAGGACUUGGUAUCGUAUCCCAGCAUCCCUAAAGGCAUAACGCGCUACAACCGGACCAAGGUUGAGCGCUACUUCUCUGGGAUAAGCAAGAGGGACAUACGGCGCCUUUACGCUUGCUAUCAGGGGGAUUUUAGCCUUUUUGGGUACCACAGACCUGACUUUCUGCUCGACUGAUAUUUCAGAUUUAUAAGGGGUGUUUGUGUGUGUGUUUUUUUUUUUUUUUUUUUUUUAAAUCCAAGGAAGUGGUUCUGAUGUCACUCUGGUCUUCCUGUAACUUCCAGUCAAACUGAAAUGAGGCAAGUUGAACGCCUACGAUUAUUCACGUUGCUUAAAGAACUCAACACCAAAUCUGAGAGGUUGUGUGGG